UUAUAGCGUUACACAGAGUGGAAUGUUUUAGGCAAACAAAAAAAAGGUGCAAUUGGGAGUUCAGUUCUGUGAUUUUCACUUUUGGCACACCUGUAAUUUGCAGUUACGUACCAGAACGACCCCAUGGGCAUGCAUGGGUUUAAUUGCAGUCUCUCCACUGCUCGCUCGCUCGCUCUCCCCUCUCUCACCCUCUACGACCAUUAAUGCUAAUGGCAUGUGAAUGAAUGCAAAAAGAGGGGGAUGCGAGGCAGAGAAAGAGCGCCAGUGUGACUGACGACUCUGACUGUCCCACUCACUCACUUACUCACUCAUUACACGUCUGCCUGCUCGCUUACUCCCUCACGUCACAUGAAAUUACAGUGGCCGCCGUCAGCCGACAGCGUCGGCGGGCGACAUCGUCAGUGUUGUUCUCAUUGAUUUUGCUUUGUUCGCGUAAAUUGUUCUCUUUAUGCUAAUGUUGUUGCUGUUGCUCUGCCAAAUUGCCAACAGAGAGAAAGAAUGAGAAUAAAAUUAAUGUGGAAGAGGCGGAGAAGAAAGAGGAUUGGGGAGGAAGACUGGAGUGCAGUGGUGCUAGAGUGAAGUCAUUCACUUGAAGAGCGGUGCUAAGCGAGAGAGCAGCAGGAGGAUUGCAAGGCGUACUUGUGCAGGGUAAGGGCCGACCCUUUCCUUCUCUCUCGAGUUGUAUAUUUUGUUUGUCUCAUUCUUACUCCACCCCUAGCACUGCACCGUUCAGGGAAGCCCAAAGCCUCACCUUGCAUUAAUAUAUACAUAUGUAUACAUAUUUCGAAGAAGACUGGAGCCAGGGAGAGCAGGGAGAGAAAUGGGAUCGGAACAUAUCUGAAGUAAGAAAUUCGCGGAUCACCAUAAGCAAUCAAGGAGAAAAUUGAGCUGAGCGUUUGAAAACAGACAAUUAGGAACCCAGCAAGUGCAGCGAAUAUCAUCUUCGUGAUCUUACAUAUAUCCUGGGUCGACCAUGUGGUCGAAUACGGGUGCAGCCCGUGUGCAGCGAGAGAUCAACACGGCUAUGCACUUGAGGAGCACAGGCGGAGAGACGACGGAGCGUGGAUUUAAGCUCUGGCUGGUCGAUCAGUCCUGGUCGAACCUAUGUGUCGAGAUUCACGGGCCACCGGACUCUCCGUACGAGGGUGGAGUGUUCGUUGUUAAGAUCUUGGUGCCCGAUACCUAUCCGGUCGUUCCGCCGCAGGUCGAAUUUCGGACGCGCAUCUGGCAUCCGAACAUUUCGCCGGAAUCGGGCGCCAUCAGCCUGGACAUACUCUGGAAGGGUUGGUCGCCCGACAUGUCGAUACGCACCAUCUUGAUGACCGUCAGGAACAUCAUAGCCAUCCCGGAUAUGGGGACGCCCUUCGACGACGACGUGGCCCGCCAAUACAUGCAUAAGCACGAGCUGUUUGUGCGCACGGCAAAGCACUGGACCAACCGCUAUGCCAACGGACCCAACAUUAUUCCCGAGUUCGAUGAGAAGAUCCAAGCCCUCAAGGACCUGGGCAUGUAUGAGUGCUUGGCUCGUUCCAUACUCUCCAAAAAGGACUGGGACGUGGGCAAGGUCUCCCACAACUUCUUAACGAUUAAGUCUCAGCACGAAAAUUGAGCUUAGCUACGAACCACAAAAAAUUCAGCUCUUCAGGGAUCCAUUCAGUUUUGUCAGUAAAACCAUACUUCAAGGACAGCUCAAUCUGCCAGAAAAUUUAUUCGAAUUCAAAAUCAACAAUCCUCAAUAGUCCAGAGAGAAUAGUCCCCACUGUACAUCUUAAUCCAGCAUAAUUUAAUUCAAUCAAUAGUCGACAGGGACCCACACUUUAAGAAUGAGUAGUCAUCGAGGAAUCACACUUAAGAACAUCUAGAGCUGUCUGUCGAUAGGCCACAAGAAACCAGAAUAAUAUUUCAUUUAAGCCUUAUAUGUGCACUCGUAUUGCACGUCUGAUCCAUCCCAAGAGCACGGGACGAACUACGACCUGUAGUUCAGUCGCUUGUUCUUAACAAAAAAUACAGCGCACAAAUAAACACACCGAUCGCAGGCCAUCCCCCCCAAACCCAAACCCAACCCCAACCAACCAAAAAAAAUGCUGAGUCUAAUUCUUUUUAAUUUGUUUAUUUUGUUUUUAAUCUUCUAAUGAAAGGCCUGUAAGUCUAGAGGCCACUUCUGAGCCCCACUUAAAGGCGUCACCGGCAUAGUUCACAAGUCAUACUCGUUGUCUAUGAUAAUGUGCAGAUUGCUGACUACGAUUCGUGGAUUGUGGGGACUCCAGAUUCCAGA